CAAAUGCAUUCCGCGUUUCCUAUCGUGCGAAUAAUAUAGCAUAGGUGUCCGAUGUAAGAGAAACGAGGAUACCACGUUCCUGCCGUUUCCAUUUGAUCGACGGCCCGUAUAGUUGGCACGGUGCGACCGAGAGCCAGAACGCCGGAACAAAGGCUGUGAAACGUUAAAGAGGAGGUGGCGCGUUCCUUUCGAUGUUUCGAGGACGUAGCAAACCCCUUUUAAUCCAGCGACUGCUUACCAUCGGGCUCGUUUCCCGCGCGACGCGUCCACUCGAUGCGCGUUACAACAGGGACGAUGACAGUCCACCGUUUCGACUACCCUCAAAUCACCGAGCGCGCGCCUAACUAACCGUGUAAUCGACAAUUUCAGCCUAUUAGGAGGUUCUACGCGUUCCCUUCGCAAACUACCUCGAACACGAUUCCGUGGAUACGCGCGACAAACUACGGCAAACAGCGAUCAACGAAUCUUCGUGCGCGUUCCUAUUAAAAUCGAAGCUCGCGUCGGAUAAACGACGCGACUUUGGUUCUACGUUAUGCCGAAUUUGCAGCGUCGAGAAAAAAAAAGGAAAAGAGAAAUACACGCGUCGAAUCGACGUGGCUUUCUUCCCGAAGUCGGUAGAAGAAUUCGUUUACGACCGAUCUUUCGAGAAUUUACUCGCGAAAGUGAUAAGCGGGCCAGAAUGGAGAAAAAAAGGCGGAAAGAAAGCACAGGGAAGAACGAUGGUUCGGUAGGACAAAUCGGUUUUUCGAAUCUGGAACGCGAACCCACUGACACGGAACCGUGACAUAAAGUGGGCAGUGACACAUAAAGGGCAUAUUUUCUGGCAUUAGGAAGGUCCUGAGUAGCUACCUGUGUUCACGCUUGUUCGCGCUUUCCAGCCGAAGAAUCUCCCGCACCGAUCUUUUUCCACCAACCGCGUUAAUGGGAAAAUAACCGACGGAUUACGUCGCCUAAUCCACUCGUCAACGAGAUAUCGCAUUGUUCCGCGAGACAAGAGGAAUCUUGCGAGAUUCUCGAUCGCGCCUCGUCUCUUCUCAUCGCCAAGGAUCUCCGUGAUUUCGACCAACGAUCGCGUGUUUUCUCGGGAACGUGUAUUUUCUCGAGAAAGCGAAUCGAAAGGGAAAAAGGAAAAAAAGAGGAGAAGAGGGACAGCGUGGACGUAUUAGACGCUGCCUGUCACCUGCGUAUGCAACGAGCACGUACGGAAUAGCUUUCUAAAAAUAAUCGUCGACGAUUCUAGUCGUCUCGCUUAUACGCGAUAUGUACACGACCGCGCGAAGAUAGCCGCUAUCUCGACGAGCCGGUGUCCGAUGUCGGCCACCAACGCGACCACCGCGUUGCGUCGCAUCGUGUCCGUACUUUCGAUCCCCGCGUGCCGUACGCGUCGCUUAUUGUUCGCCAAUAUUCCUUUCAGAGAUACGGUAACCGCGUGAUCGCGUCGUACUCCACCGCGUAAGUACGCGUUUGUACGGAAAUACGAGAUACCCGAUACGACCGGAACGCGGGCCAUACAGAGAUUCGUCCGUUUUCUCGCGAAAUUUAACCCAAGUACGUAUCGUCGUACCGCUACUGUAUGCGUAGUUGGAACGACGGUUCCGGGCAGCUGACCGAGCUUAAACGCGCAGAAGCUCGGGGAAAAAGAUUGACGUUUCGUUUAACGAACUUUACGCGAGGUAUAUAUAGGUACAGGUAUACGCGUUUCGACAAGGUCCGUCAGGAAAGGUCUCUACUUGCAUCGGAGCGUUGCUCGCGUGCCACUUACAAACGCAUCGUCGCAAAGCCCUCUGUGUGAGCUUUGUUCGACGGGUUCAGGUGAAACCGUAGAUACUUGACAUCGUGGCGGACAGAGCGGUGGAACGAGCGUCGUUGCGAAACGUCGCGCUUUCGAAUCUACGAAAGGCAGUCCGGUUUAAUUUAUCUGGAUUUACACCGGUGAAGAUGCCAACAGGCUGCUUGCCGACGAGUUUCGAGGGGCUGAACGAGAGGACAAACGGAGGAUCGUCGAGUCGAUUUUGCACAGAGCCAUUUUGGAAUGCAAUUAAACGCGGUACAACGAAAUACGACGCUGGUGCUGUGCUACCAGUGACGGUGCUCCGCUCCGUUCCGCUGCGUUCCGCUUUGCUUCGCUCCCUUCGUUUCCUCCCUCCUCCUGUCAUCCUCCCAUGAUCCCAUCGUGGCGAGCCUUCGCCCCGUCCCCGCUGCCUCCUACUCGUCGAGCUACGAAUACCUCCGUUUAUCCAGGUACGAGCUCGCUGCUCGCUCUCCAACCGAGCGCGAGCUUUCUCUGUCGCGGCCCCUCGCAAAAUCCAAUCGUCUCACGACCAUCGUCUUAAUUAACCGGAAACCGUGUUUCCCGCGACUCGCCUUCGAAACGGCAGGAAUUCCGCGCCCAGCGAAUUUUCCGGCACUCCGCGAAAAGAAGACGCGAACGCACGAAAAGCGACCGACAAGAGGAAGAAAACGAAAAGCACGAGGAAGGGGAAGCGCCGGGAAUCGUUUUGAUAAGAAAGCGCACCCCUGUCCUACGGGAACUGCGCCACGGCAUACAAAGAGGGUACUCGGGGGAUGAAGGCGAGGGAGGGAAUAGGAAGACGAGGAAGAGGAAGAGGAAGCGGAAGAGGGGGGAGAGAGCGAGCGAGAGAGAGAGAGAGGGGGCGGGAAAAUGGCGGCUCGGAGGUCAUCCGACACCAAAUCGAAGGAGACGCCAUCGCAAAGCGCGGCACCGCCCCUCUAUCAUCGGUUCUUGCCUCUGCGAGUGUUAUCGUUCCGUCCGACGCGCGCUUUCCAAAUUCCACCGACUUUUCCUAUGGACGGCGCAACUCGUCGCUGGACACGCCGAGAUGUCUCGAGUCGAGUUUCGAAAUUCUCUCAUAACCGCGACUCAAGUCCCGAUCCGUCGUCGAUCCGAACGAUCGGUCUCUCCUGUCCAAUAACCGGGUCCGAGAGGAACCGCGAUGAGACGCUGGCAAGCUACGCGCCAAGAAGCAGCAAAAGGCCAGGGGAAAAUCGUCGGAGUCUCGCGAGGCGAUCCGUUUCUCAGCGGUGAAGUCACAGCUUCGGGGAGUGACGCGGUGGGCAAUUAGUCGGAAAAGGCGGAGCGGAUUCAAAGGAUUGGCAAGGCGUGGCGGACAGGAUCGAGAUUUUCGUGGCCCGUUAAAAGACACGCGUUCGUUUGUCUCUGCCAGAACAUCGGCUUUCAUUGAUCUACGUAACGCCGACGGUGGUCCGUCAAGCUCGAUGCUAUUUUCAUCCGCUUCCUGCCGACGGACGAGACAAGGUCCUGGCAGAUCGCGCGAUUCUGUUACGUAUGCGUAUAUACGUGUGUACGGAUAAAUAUACGUAUACGCGUCCGUACGACGCGUUGACCGCGUCGCCAGUCGCAAAUCGCUUUCUCGAUGGAAAACGCGUUUCGCCGUUUACGAAGCAACCCGGGUGGCGCGAAAACGGCGACUCGAACGACGAUUUUUCCAUCCUGUAAAUACACGGGCCGCGGGGUGGAGAGAAACCGGCGAAGCACGCCGGUAGCGAACAUCGCGUUGGCCGAUAACAAGUUUUCCGCGCGUAAAAUCACGCGCGUUCUCAGCCGAGGGACAGAGGAAGAAAGAUCGGGAAUAGAAGCGAGGCGGAAAGAGGAGGACGAGCGAGACGGGAGAAUGGUUGCCGGUGUUGUGAAAUUAAUCGAACGCGAGACGCGAUAGCACCACGUAGAAUCACAACACGGUGUACGGUAACGUUGUCGCGUUCCGUUUCCGGUGUUUGUCGCUGGCCUUGCGCGGUCUCGGGCGACGCUCGCACUCGCUCGAGUCCCCGCUUCGUCGCAGCCUGCUCGCUCGCUCGCUCGCUCUCGACUUUCGAGCGGUUCGACUUGCCGAGACGGAAGCGAAGUCGCUGGGAAUUUUUCUGGCAAGUCAGAAUCUGACUGGGGACGCGGCAACGAUCCGCACGAUCGUUCCUCGAGUUGGUCGAAGACGUUCACAGGUGAGGAAACACCGGCGAGAAGAAGCCGGUCUCCGUGGACACCGAAUGGGGUGGCUUUCGGUCGGGGGUAGAAGUAUGCGCCGCCCCCGUGCUCCUCCAAUGGGACGAGCUCGCGCGCUCCCCGGCGACCAAUGGCGAGGACCAACCGCUUCGCUCCGUGCCGUGCUGCGCUCCACUCCUCGUCGUACGAGCGCGCCACAAAAAAAUGAAAAAGGAGGCCGACUGGAAGACGAAGAGAGAGAGAGAGAGAGAGAGAGAGAGAGAGAGAGAGAGACAGCAGCCGCCGACAACCUCCACCGCCAACUGCAUCGGCAUUGGCAUCGGUGCGGAGCGAUCGGCAGUGCCAUUGGCACCGCUACGAUAAUCGUACGAGUUGUCAGUAGCAGCAGAACCGCGUUAACGCGUUUCCACGCGGAACUUUAGCCGACAGUUUUUUUUACUCUUGCUCGUACGAUUUCCAUCGAUAUCGCGAUCCGGUCGUCCUCCAUCGACGUCGAAUCUGUGAAGCAAGUGUGUUUCGAGCGGUGAUAAUCGGCGGAUAUCGGUGCGGUGUGAGCUGUUUGAGAAUCGUCCACGGCCAGGAUGUACGGGACACGCGACGAUUGAGGAGCAUCGUUUCUGGAUUCGAUGGAACUACGUCGCACCGGAGAUACGAGUGACGCGCACCGGCAACGAGGAUUUAUGAAUGAAGACACGAAUGGCGGGGACGUGAAUGAAGCGUGGUUUAUCGAAUAAACGUCGACCGUUCGAGCAGCGAAUGCUUAUUUUCGCGAUAAGCUACGUCGGAUCGUAGGUACGCACGGCACGAGUUGCAAUCGCGUUUAUUCUCCGAUCGAUAACGCGAGUCGACGAUCGUGGUCGUCGCAGCUGGAACGCUCGAACGUCCGACGAACGCGGCGACGGCGGCGGCGGCGGCGGCGGCGGCGGCGGCGGUGGCGGCCGAAGAGAAUUUUCUUGCGAAGACGCGACGCGACGCGACGGUGAAACGAGCAUCGAAUGAUCGGCGAGAAACGGAGAAUCGACAUCGAGAAUGCCCGAUAGCUCGGACCAACUGUCGUCGCCGAACAGCGAGUGUAACAGCCAGAUCGGUGGCAUGCACCGAAACGCGUCCACCGGACAGUUUGACGACUCGUCGAUGCCCGGGCUCGCGUUAACGCAUCAUUCGCAUUCGCAAAACCUGACGACGGCAUCGAACGGUAGCCUGCAAUAUCCUCAAGAGUUGACCACUUGCAGUUCCGCGAAUACGUCUACCAAUAUCGGAAACAUCGGUGGACUUUCUCUGGGAAUUACGGCCAGUAACUAUACGCCGGAUCAGAUAUCUUGUAUGUGCAAGGCGUUAUCGCAGAGACAGGAUAUCGAGAAGCUCACGAGGCUCCUAUGGUCUUUGCCGCCCGGCGAGUUGCUUCGUCGCGACGAGAACGUGUUGAUAGCGAGAGCUACGGUGGCCUUUCAUCGAGGCGCUUACCACGAGCUCUACUCGAUUCUGGAGAGCCAUCCGUUUUCACCCGAUCGACACCCGGAGCUACAGCAGAUGUGGUUCAAGUCGCAUUACAGCGAGGCGGAGAAGAUCCGCGGCAGACCGCUCGGCGCGGUCGACAAGUAUCGGCUGCGCAAAAAGUAUCCGUUGCCGAAGACGAUCUGGGACGGCGAGGAGGUGGUGUACUGCUUCAAGGAGCGAUCGAGAAACGCGUUGAAACAGUGCUACAUGAGAACCAAGUACCCGCUUUCCGAGGAGAAGAAGAAUCUGGCGAAGGAGACCGGCUUGACCUUGACUCAGGUGGCCAACUGGUUCAAGAAUCGACGGCAGAGGGAUCGCACGCCGCAAACGAGAACGGAUAUGCUGCCGUUAAAUUGCCAGAAUAACGCCGGCAACGUGAUCGGCAGUUCGGUGAGCAACGGAGAAAGCAUUCAAUCGUUGCAGAGCAUCGAUUCGAACGGCACGAAUCUAGCGAUGUCGCCGCUCUCGACGAUGAGCAUGUCGCCGGUCGCCGUGAACCCGUGCAGCCCGAUGGGUAUGAGCCCCAUGGCUCCCCGUCAUCCCAGAUACGCGACACCGAUGGUCUCGUCGUCCGUGCACACAACGCACCCUCACAGCGGCGGCCUCAGUCCCAUGAACGACGUGAAAGCGCUGUGCUACGGACGUGGAAUCUGCGAAACCGGUAAGGACGCGGAACAGAGCUCGGUCUAUUACUCGAGUCACUCGAGCAUGCAUCAUCAGUAUUACCAGCAAACGCAUCAUCAGAUGAUGUCCAGCGCUCAUCACUACCAGCAUCAUCAACAGGGCAUGCCGACCGGAUACGAAAUUACGCUUCCGCCCCCUCAGCACUCGACGUGACCAACCGACUACGAGACCGAUCGAAACGACGCGGUUCAUUCAGGCCAAGCCGACGAUUUGUUUGCUCGUGUCCACGCGUUUGCCUGACUCGGUGUGGUCGCGCCUCUAUGCCCGAGCAACGUUUGAAGGAAACCGUGCGACUAAUCCUAUCGAUGCGCGAUCCAACUGCUUCGUUCCUAACGCGCGUAACGUUCAUUGUACAUUUUUCCCAUUCGCGGACGUUACUUUUUCGAAAAGCGUAGAAACGAUUCGACGCUCGCGCGAUCACAAACAUCGAUCGUGCGCGUGUUUUUCAGCCAAUCGAGGCGCAACCUCUUGCGUAAAAGUUCUGGGAGGAGCCUCCCUCGGACGAGAACUGGUUUAACAGGCGCACCCUUCUCAAAGGUGUUCGCGAUGGAGUCUCGUCAGCUGCUCCUCCCUCCUCUUUCUACGUACGAGUAAAACGACCGCGCAACGAGCGCAUUUCACGAAUGCAAAUCGAUAACGCGUCGCUGCGCCAAUCACUUCCUCGAGCGUACGUCUCUUCCUUUCGCACAGUCUCCUCGUAAAUUCUUAUCCGAACGCGUAACAGGUUUGCUAGAGUGAAACGUGGCUGCGUGGCUCUUCAACGAAAACGAGCCGCUUCCGACGAAACCUGCGCCGUUCUCGCAGCUACGAUCCUUUCGUUUCUCAAUUUCGAUUCGAGCACGAUCGAUUUGCGCUGUUACUCCGCUCCGAAAUUUCGAUUCUUUCGAUACGAAGAAGCGACUUCUGCUAGGGUACUCGUUUAGGGUACGUGCGUGUGCGCGUGUGAAUGUUCGCCGAUGUACAUACGUAUGUGUAGUACGUAUGCAUGUGUGUAAGUACGUGUGUACGCAUGUAUGUAUAUAUAUAGAUCGAUCACAGUGUUCAAUCUCUGGUGCGAAAUAUAUUUUUGACCGUAGAAUCGAGCGUACGAACGGACAAUUUGCCCUUCGAUAACUCGACUCUCGUGUCCCGAAAGAAAAGAAACGAUCUCUCGGCAAACGAUGUAUCGCUUUGACGAAAAUUUAUUGUACAACUACGAGCGCGAGAGCGUGAGACGCGUUAGAUGUAUAGUUAAGUAAAUCAUAAAUCUGUGAAUCACGUUUCGAUUUUUGUUACACCAAAUUUUCAUGAUCCUUGCCUUGUAACGUUCGCGUUUCUACACUUUAAUGGCACGCGCGCGCGUUACUAACGUAUAAACGAGAAGAUAUAUAAUCGAUCGUUCUCCGAUUGAUCCAUUCCUGAUUCGAAUCACGUACGAGAUUAGUCGUUGAAAUUUUAAAACGCGUAUUGCGAAAUAGAUAUUUUCGGCGACAUUAUCGUCGGGAAACUAGAUUAUCGACCGUGGGCAACGUGCCGUUAGCGUCCUCUUUUAAAACGCAAUGGAACUAGAUUCGUACGGCACGCUUUUUCCUCGUUACCUUCCGUUCCUUUCGAUUUACGAUCUACGAGUUUCAAUAGCUUUCGAGACUGGCAACGAACGUACACGAAGAUGCAUUCGAUCCAGCGAUGAAAUUGUUUUCGAUGACGCGCAUGUACAUAGCUUAUUUAUAUUUACGAGUCUGGAAACUAGUCGAACGAUUGAUUGAAAAGAAAGGCGGAAACAUAAAUUAGGCAAAAGAUCUUGUUUACGUUUCGUCGCCUUUCGACGUGAAAACGAUGUCAAAUAUAUAUAUAUAUAUGUUUAGAUAACGUAUCGAUUACAAUAUACACGGUACAACAUAUGAAACGUGUUAUUCGAUUUAUGCUUUGAUCGGUAUGAAAGACGUAUCAAAACAAGAAAGAUGCACGCGACUCGAAACCCUAUCGCUUUGUAGUCGUAAGGCGAUCGAACGAACGGUAAAGCGGAAUAAAUCGUCGGUUAAUAUCGAAUAACGCGAAAACACGAAUGCAAUAGGAGACGCCAUCGAUCGAUUUCGAAAUCAACGAAACAACGAUCGAGUGCAUCUUGAGAUAACCAAGGUAAUUUUAACUUGUACGAUAUAACGAAUCGUUCAACAACUUACAAUCUGCUCGAUCUCAUCGAUGAUAGAAGAGAAGCGACAGAAACGAACGAGACGCGUGUUACGCUUGCUAGUUGCUUCGUUUGGUUAACGGUUGCGCGCCAUUUACGAACUUACCCGAUAAUGACGUACGCUUUCUUACCCGUGGCAUCGCGGUCUACCAUCAACGCCAUCUACAGAAAAUUUCGAGUACUUCGGAAAUAAUCGACGCGUUUAAACGUUCCUCGUCUCUGUGAUUCAAGUACGAGCUUUUUUCUUUUUGGAUUCGACUUUAUAUUCGAUCUUAUAACGGUGCCUGUCUCUCGUUAACGAUGGACAACGAUGGACCACCUUGGAAGAAUCGUAUUCACGGAAGACGAAGAGCCGGGCUUUCGACGUAAAAGGACGUAAAAGGAUCUCGUGUACCAUCGUAUCGAUGAGUUUAUCCCGAGUGAAUAGGUAAUGUACGUGAAACGAAUUAUACCGAUUGCUUUCUAAUUAUUCGACGAACGUAAAGUAGCAACCCUGCAUGCGUUACGUCGAAGGUACGUGGAACUCGGUGGUGAAGAAAUAAAUUACCUAUCAGCUCACGUACCUCUCAUAUACAAUAUAUCACAUAUCAACAAUUUUAUUUAGUCUCGUUUUAUUUAACAUACAAGAGCUAUCUUUUAAACAUGACGCACGAUUUCAAUAUGCAUACGAGUUUGCAUAUAUUAAAUAAAGUCUAGGUUACAUUGAUAUGACAUUUCGUUACGGUGAAACUGUACACAAAAAGGGCGCGCAAGCACGAGACUAUUCGUUUCUCGGUGUCCUCCUCGGUUGGCUGCUUUUCACCGCGUCUCCACCGCUCCGUGCUGAAUUUUACUACUUUCGCGAACGUUUCGCCACAACUCCGACGAUCGUAGUACUGGUCUCGUGCUUCUCCGCGUUAGGCGGAGGCGUUUCGUCCUCCAUAGAAAAUGUUCGGGCCAACAGUUGGGGAACGGCGAGCAGCGAACAGCGAACAGCGAGUUCAGCCAGAGAUUUCCAAGACGGGACUAGAUGAGAUACUCUAUUCUCGUUUACACGUUUUGGCAGCGGAACGCGCAGUAAGAACGCGGUGAAGAGGGAGAAACGACAGAGGCUCGCGCAUCGCUGUCGCGCGUCACGGGAACAUCGUACGAACCUGUCGUCGAUACAUAUUGUCUCCAACGUACAUUUACACGUACGAAAUACAGUCUGCGAUUAAUCGACGAUCGUUCUACAUACGGUAGACACGACGCGCGCGCCAAUACGCGUACACGCGGACAAUUUUAGCGUUACUAGACGGUAAACGGUCAGAGACGAUGUACAAUAAGACGCGAGUGUCGCAUUGGAAAAAUAUAUGUACGCGUUAAGUUUAGGAGAGAAGGAAUGAUAAGACGAGGUUCUAGGUGCGGGCACGCGCGUUUGCGUCCAAGCACAGAGAGAUAUGUUUAAUAUACGUUUUGCACGACAAAUCGGUUAUUUCGCGCGUUACAACAACGAUCGGCGUCGACGCGCCACAAACGAGACGCAAACGAAAUUCUUUCGUAUUUCCAUUAGGCUACGCUGUUCGAAGGCAAUUUCCUUCGAUCGCCACUUUUAUCCUCUUUUUCUCUGUUUCUCUCUCGCUUACUUAUACUACAGCUAUACAUGCAUCCACGAGUAGGCGCUCGCAAUCUUCCAUCUCGCUUCCCCUCUCGCUUCCCCUCUCGCUUCCCCUCUCGCUACCCCUCUCGCUCGCUUUUUCUCUCCCGUUCCUUUCCGCAGUUUCCUUCUUUCGCAGUAACUAAGUACAUUACAGGCUAUGUCAUAGCUGCGUCGUUAUCGCUGCUGCGCGAGAUACACUUGCCGCGUGAUAUCGAGUCUGGAAACGAGCACGAUACACCCGAACGAUCUCGUAGAACGCGCGCAUCGCUUGUUAAUAUUUAGCAAGUAACGCCGCCGGGAUGGCAAGAUUGUACAGGGCGAGUAGAUUUUUCGGAUAGAUAUGUACAGGUGUGUGCCGAGUGAAAACGGAGCGGUGCAUAUUCGAAAUUGCUCUGGAUCAAAAUCGAAAAGGGUGGGAAGGGGGAGGUGGCGGAAGACGCUCGACGCUUCUUUUAUCUUUCGUUAGAAAAAGAUAAAAGAAAAAAGAGAAUAAAAUAA